UCUCUUCCCACCCACCACUAUUUCUUCCCAAUUUCUCUCUUUGUUCAACAAAUUCAAACCAAACUCAUAGCCAAAAAAACCAAACACUUGUUCUUGAAUUUCCUUCUUCAAUUCUAUAGAAAAAUUUUCUUCCUUUCUUGAAACAAAAUUUAUGAAUAUGGAAGGUUUGGACCCAACAACAUGUUUCAUGGUAGAUGAUGAUAUUCUUAAUUUCUCUUUGGAUGAUGAGAAAUACCAAUCUUCUUCUUCUUCUUUUGAAUCUUCAAACACCGUUGGAUUUCUCCCUGAUAAUCAUAGCCCUUCAUUUCCUGAUUUUGUGGAGGAAGAAUUGGAAUGGCUUUCAAAUAAAGAUGCAUUUCCAGCAGUAGAGUUUGACAUAUUUUCGGAUCAUGUUCCGAGUGUCAUAUUUGAUCACCAAAGCCCAGAUUCAAGAUCUUUGGAAAAUAGUAGCGAGCAAGCACUAAAGAACAACAACAUGCAGAUUACAAUGUAA